CUGUUCAGUACCGACCGGUACUCUCUGGUUAAAAUGUUGGAGGAGUGUCCUGCAAUAACAACCUCACUUCGUGAAGAAUAAUCUAUAAAUACCUCUGUCUAUUCUCCUGAAUAGUAAAUCUUCAUACUACAUCUAAAACAUCACAUCGUAUUACAUUACAUUACAUUAUCAAGGAUUCACACUAUCUAUCUCUCUCUCUCUCUCUCUAUCUAAAUCUGCAAAUCCACAUCAACAAACCUCCAAACAAUACCCAGCAUCCCAGCAUCCCAUCAUCCACCCAUCCACCCACCAACAAAAAUCCCCCCAAAAUGCAAAGAGCCAGCUCAUCCAACCCAUCCCGCUCCUCCAAGCCAAAAGUCAGUUUCUCCGAAACCACCCAGACCAUCCCCGAAGCAAAGAAACACGUCGAUCCCUUCCACGAUGCGCGAGUUAGAGACGAUGGAAAAAAGAGAACUGCUGGUAGUCCGGAGCGAGGCGGGAGCGCGGGGAAGAAGAGUCAUACUAGCACUAGUGGGUCGAGUGGAUCGAGUGGAUCAAAUGGGACGAGAAAGGUUUUACCUGCUAAGGGGACUAAGAGGUAAGGGGGGAGAGGUGUUUUGAUGCUUAAUUUUAGCUGGGGAGGCGAGGGGAGGCUGGGGGUUGAGUGCGGAGUUGUGUGUUGGAUUUAGGAUUCGAUAGAUAGAUUGGUUGGGUUGGAGUUUGGCGUUUGGGGUGUGCUUUU